UGUUUUUUUCCCUCUUUUGAGUUUGUCGCAGCAACCAUGAGCAGUGCUGCUGACAUUCCGCUGCUGCCUGGCGAGGAGCUCGUCACUUCAGCCGCAGAGAUCACCCAUCUCUGCCCCUUCUCUGGCGCCCUCCACGGCGUCCUCUACGUCACCAACUACAAGAUUUACUUUCGCGAGCAAGUCGACAACAAUCGUGUGGCGACAACCGUUGAGACGCCGCUUGGCCUCAUCAGCCGCGUCGACAAGAUUGGCGGACAGUCGUCGCGAGGCGAGAACUCGUACGGACUGGAAUUGCACUGCAAGGACAUGCGCAACCUGCGAUUUGGCUUCUCCACACGCAGCUCCAACCGCGGGCAGGUCUGCGACGCCAUUAUGGAUGCUGCAUACCCGCUGUCGGCCAGCACGGCGCCUGCAGGCGGAGCUGCCACUGGUUCGACGGGUGGUGCUGCCGCCGUCCCCGCCCUGCGCAAUGUGUUUGCAUUCUCCUUCCGCCAGACCUUCCCUGAAGACGGGUGGAGCGUGUACAACGCGCAAGCCGAGCUGGAGCGACAAAAGCUGCCCAAGACCUGGCGCAUCAGCAAGGCGAAUGAGAACUAUGCACUCUGCGACACGUAUCCUUCCGUGAUUGCCGUCCCGAGCUCGGUCAAUGACGACUUUUUGGCCCGUGUGGCUGAUUUCCGCAGUCGUGGCCGGCUUCCCAUUCUCUCGUGGAUCCACCCUGACAACCACGCUACCAUCACACGAUGCAGUCAACCUCGAGUCGGCGUUGCUGGCAAACGCAGUCCCGAGGAUGAGGCCAUGCUUCAACACAUUAUCGAUGCAAACGGCAAGGUUGGAACCUUGUGCAUCAUGGACGCUCGUCCUCGGUUGAGCGCCAUGGCCAACCACGCCAAGGGUGCUGGCUUUGAAAAUGAAGCUGUUUACCAAAACACAGAGCUCGUUUUCUUGAACAUUGGCAAUAUCCACGCCAUGCGCGAAUCUCUCAAAAAGCUCAAGGACAUGUGCUUCCCAACCAUCGACAACAACAAGUGGUUGUCCAACUUGGAGGCUUCUCGCUGGCUCGAAAAUAUCUGCUUGCUUCUUGCUGGAACAUCACGUAUCGUGGAUCUGAUUGAGCGCUCGGGUACUUCCGUCCUCGUACAUUGCUCGGAUGGGUGGGAUCGCACUUCACAAUUGUGCUCGCUUUCGAUGAUGAUGCUUGAUCCUUACUACCGCACCAUCAAGGGAUUUGAGGUGCUCAUCGAGAAGGAGUGGCUGUCAAUUGGCCACAAGUUUGGUCAACGACACGGUCACGGUGACAAAAACCACGGCGACGAGCAGCGGGCUCCGAGCAGCGGGCUCCGAUCUUUGUUCAAUUCCUGGAUGCCGUGUGGCAGAUUUCGCAGCAGUUCCCCGGCGCAUUCGAAUUCAACGAGCGAAUGCUCAUCGCCAUUGCUGAUCAUUGCUACUCGUGCCUCUACGGCACCUUUUUGUACAACAGCGAAGCCAUUCGUGUCCGCGAAGACAUCAAGCAGCGCACCCAGUCACUGUGGUCGAUGAUCAACUCUGCGCCCUAUGGCGAGUUCACAAAUCCUCUGUACGCCCCUUCGAUCCAGGAGCACGUCCUCUCGCCCAUUGCCAGCUUGCGGAAGCUCAGGGUCUGGACUGCGUAUCAUCUGCGCUGGAAUCCGCGCAUGCAGAAGCAAAAUUUUAUCGAACUGCGCAACAUGCAACUCGCGGAGAUGCGCGAAGCAUUGAAGAGCAUGGUGGACAACUUGCAACGCCGACUCGACGGAAAUGUGCAAGCGUAAUGCGCGUCGACAUGGAUGCCACUGCAGGCAAGUGGGGAAGGAAGUGUCUCGGUGAUGUGUUUUGUGCAGACGUGACUGCGUGUGUAAAAAGUGCCUUUGUUGUCAUUGAACGAGUGUAUUAGUCAUCAAUGUGUUGAACAAAACGGAAAUGGUUUGGUG